AUGAUGUCUUAUCUCAAGCAACCACCUUAUGCAGUAAAUGGACUGAGCCUCACAACCUCUGGGAUGGAUUUACUGCACCCGUCGGUGGGAUAUCCUGGUAAGCUUGGAAUUGCUUUUGCAGCUACCCCAAGGAAGCAAAGGAGGGAGAGGACCACAUUCACCAGAGCACAGCUUGAUGUUUUAGAAGCCCUUUUUGCAAAAACCCGGUACCCUGAUAUAUUCAUGAGAGAAGAGGUUGCACUUAAAAUCAACUUGCCGGAGUCUAGAGUCCAGGUGUGGUUCAAAAACCGAAGAGCUAAAUGUCGCCAGCAGCAACAACAGCAGCAGAAUGGAGCUCAGAGCAAAGUCAGACCCACAAAGAAGAAAACCUCUCCUGUCCGAGAGGUGAGCUCUGAGAGCGGUACCAGUGGUCAGUUCACCCCACCCUGCAGCACCACAGUUCCAGUCAUCUCCAGCAGCACCGCACCGGUGUCCAUCUGGAGUCCGGCUUCUAUCUCUCCUUUAUCUGACCCACUGUCCACAUCGUCUUCAUGCAUGCAAAGGUCUUACCCAAUGACCUACACCCAGGCCUCAGGAUACAGCCAAGGGUAUGCAGGCUCCGCUUCAUACUUUGGAGGAAUGGAUUGUGGAUCUUAUUUGACUCCUAUGCAUCAUCAGCUCUCUGGACCUGGGGCCACUCUAAGCCCAAUGGGUAGCAAUGCAGUCACCAGCCACCUGAAUCAAUCUACAGCUUCUUUGUCCUCUCAAGCCUAUGGGGCCUCCAGUCUUGGUUUUAACUCUACUGCUGACUGCUUGGAUUAUAAGGACCAAACUGCCUCAUGGAAGCUCAACUUCAAUGCUGACUGUCUGGAUUAUAAAGAUCAAACUUCCUCUUGGAAGUUUCAGGUUUUGUGA